AACCCUUUUGCUUUACAGCUCUCUCUCUUUCCUCUCGCUCUGUCCAGGGUUUACAAUAGCUCGGCUUUGUCUCGGCUGCAUAUCCAUAGUCAGAGAUGGAGCAAGAGUACGACGGCGACGUUUCACAUCCGCCGAAUUCGAAGAAGCACAAGGGGAAGCACGACAAGCCUAAGCCAUGGGACGAGGACCCCAACAUUGACCACUGGAAGAUCGACAAGUUCGACGCGUCCUGGAACGAAUCCGGUUUGCUCGAAGUCAGCUCCUUCUCCACUCUCUUCCCUCAAUACAGAGAAAAGUAUUUGCAAGAGGUUUGGCCCAAUGUGAAAUCCGCUUUGAAAGAGUAUGGCAUUUCGGGUGAACUUAAUCUGGUAGAGGGUUCCAUGACAGUUUCCACGACCAGAAAGACCAGGGACCCUUAUAUCAUCAUUAAGGCUAGGGAUCUUAUUAAGCUUUUGUCAAGAAGUGUUCCUGUACAUCAGGCAAUAAAAAUUCUGGAUGAUGAAAUCCAAUGUGACAUCAUCAAGAUUGCCAACUUGGUCCGUAAUAAGGAGCGAUUUGUGAAACGCAGGCAACAUCUUGUUGGUCCUAAUUCUUCCACUUUAAAGGCACUUGAAAUACUGACAGGCUGCUAUAUACUCGUUCAGGGCAAUACAGUUGCUGCUAUGGGUUCAUUUAAAGGUUUGAAGCAAGUCAGGAGGAUUGUGGAAGACUGCAUACUAAAUAAAAUGCAUCCUGUAUACCAUAUCAAGGUUCUUAUGAUGAAGAAAGAACUUGAAAAGGAUCCAGCACUUGCACAUGAAAACUGGGAUAGGUUUCUUCCAAAGUUCAAAAAGAAAAAUGUUAAACAAAAGAAGGUUAAGACUAAAGAAAAGAAACCGUAUACACCUUUCCCUCCUCCACAACAGCCUAGCAAGAUUGACGAACAAUUGGCGAGUGGAGAAUUCUUCAUGUCACAGAAAAAGAAAUCAGCUAAGAAGUGGCGAGAGAAGCAGGAGCAGCAGGCACAGAAAACAGCAGAAAACAAAAGAAAAAGAGAAGCUGCAUUUGUUCCCCCAGAGGAGCCGAGAGACCGGGAGGCAAAGUCUGAGGAUAAUAAUAAAGAUGUGGCAGCCAUGGCCAUGUCUCUCAAGAAAAAGGCUGAGGAGUUUGGGAAGCAAAAAUUGAGUGUGAAUAUCAAUGCUGAAGCCUAUAUUGCAGCAACUGGAGAAACUUCGAGAAAGAAAUCCAAGCGCUCAUUGUGAGGAUCAAUGCUGAUGCUUAUACGGCAGCAGCCUCGGUCUCAUAUUGCAGUAAGUAUGACGUGUUUAGUGAAUGAGAGAAGUUGCAUGGAUGAUCCGGCCAAGCUUGUACGAGUCGGAGUCUUAAAAUCUUGCCGUGCAUGAGAAGAAAGCUAAUUUAUUGAACAAAGAAAAUGA